UGCGUUGUCUCCUGUUGCUUAUGGAAUCGUCGAAGAAGCUGAAAAGAGUUUACUCCUUCAAUAAUUUAAUUAUUUUUAUAUGCGUGGUUGUCUCUGUUUCCUGCCUUCUGGUUGUGCUUAUUUCAAUGCUUAGGCUUCCUGAGGUGUCACGGGAGAGCAAUGCAGCGUGGAGGUCUUAUAGGGCUCUGAAAAUGGGUGAUGUCUCUGAGAAGAAGAGGUUAGGGCAGCUCGGAGAAAUCAUGGUUGGGAUGUUGCCUGAUGAUCUUGCUUUUACCGUAUUUGUUCCUUCGGAGGAAGCUUUCGAACGUGAUUUGAGGCUGUGGGCUAACAAGAGUUUACUGGAACAAAAUGUCAAUGAUACCCAAUCCACCCUUUCUCGCUUAUUGGGUUUCUCAGCCGUUCCUCGGAGUCUGCCUUCGGUUGCAAUUCCCUUGGGUGAGGAGGUCUAUUUUGAUUCGAUUUCUGGAUUCACAUUGUAUAUUUCAAGAGACCCGGAAAAAAGGAUUGUUGCUAACAGAGUCAGAUCAGAAUCAGUUGAUCUCAGAAAAGGAAAGAUUGUUGUACAUAUAAUGAAUGGGGUAAUCAUGGAUAAUGAGUUUGAGCAAUCUGUCCGUCCUGAUUACGAAAGUGAGGACUGAAUGAAAUUAGAAACUGAAUCUUCUCUCUCCAAAGGUAUCACUAAAAUACGGCAGCUGCAAGGCUUGCACAACACAUUGAGAAGGGAAAUGAAAAUGGGCUAUAUCAGCAUUGUGGCAUCAUGUUCAAAUCUAUGGGUCCUUAUUCUGGAUGCAAGCGUUGGUUUCACUACUCAAUUUUAUGAGCUUUCACCUUAUUUUCUUCAUAAAGCUAGUAACUGCUUGCACCUUAUUUUUUGAGCUUCCACUGUUUCAUGUUCAUGUUUGGGAAUGCUUGGGCAUGGACAGGUGGGUUGGUGUGUGAGGGGCAAGGACUGUGCCUGUGGCUUGACUCAAUUAGUUUCUUGAACUUGUGCCAAUAUCAUGGAAUGCCAUCAAGAAACUAUUAAAUUGACAUAGCUUAUAUUCCCAUUGACAUAUUAUUAGAAGAAUUUCAAAGAAAUGUCUAUGGUUAUUAUGUUUCUCACUAGUAUUAAAAAAAUCACAUUCUUUGAGUAAAGCACAAAAGUAGAGUUGAUUCAGUUCCUAAUUUUCAA